AUGUCUUUCGGGUCUAUUCGUUGUCUUAUUAUUCGUUGCUCUAGUAACCUGAGCAAUUUUCCAGGAACGGUAACACCGGGAAUACCCGCGGGCUUUCGCAGUUUUUGUUCAAAGUAUUCUGUUACUGAUUUGGCGCUGAACUCGGUUGUGAAAGUCUUUUGCCGCUCUACCAAGUCUAGCGUGUUACAACCUUGGCAGAAAAGGCUACCACAUAGAUCGACCGGUUCAGGAUUUGUAAUCUCUGGAAAUAAGAUUCUUACGAAUGCUCAUGUAGUGGCUGAUCACACUUUCGUGCAAGUUAGAAAGCAUGGUUCACCAACAAAGUACACAGCAAAAGUUCAAGCAAUGGGGCAUGAAUGUGAUUUAGCGAUUUUGGUAAUCAAUAGCAAAAAGUUUUGGAAGGAUAUGAAGCCCUUGGACCUCGGAGACGUACCCUCUCUAUACGAAACUGUAUCUGUUGUUGGAUACCCUCAAGGUGGUGACAACAUUUCCAUUACCAAAGGUGUUGUCUCUAGAGUUGAAGUUACAAAGUAUAGUCACAGCCAAUCUAAGCUAAUGACAACACAGAUAGAUGCGGCUAUUAAUCCAGGAAAUAGCGGUGGUCCAGUGAUCAUGGAAAACAAAGUCGUUGGUGUAGCAUUUCAAGGUCUUUCACGCUCACAAAAUACAGGCUACAUAAUCCCAACUCCAGUAGUUAACCAUUUCUUAACUAGUGUUGAAGAAAACGGUCAAUUUGUUGGGUUUUGUUCACUAGGUAUAUCAUGUCAGCAUAUGGAGAAUACUCAUUUCCGUAACCACUUUAAGAUGGGCCCUAAAAUGACAGGGAUUCGAAUAAGAAAAAUAAAUCGGUCGUCGAGUGCUUACAAUAUUCUGAAAAAGGAUGACAUUCUUCUCGCAAUUGAUGGUGUUCCUAUAGAAAACGAUGAGACAGUUAUUUUUCGGAAGAAGGAACGUAUAAAUUUCAGUCAUUUGGUUUCUAUGAAGAAACCAGGUGAAAAAACGUCACUCAAAGUCUUAAGAGAGGGAAAGAAACAUGAAUUCAAUAUCAAUAUAACACCUGUGGAAUCACUACUACCAGUAUAUCAUUUUGAUAAGCUUCCAAGUUAUUACAUAUUCGCGGGGUUUGUCUUCUUGCCUCUCACUAAACCAUACCUCGAUUGUUCUUAUAGUAUGUGCGAUUGUGCAUUGACACAUAUGCCCAAAAAACCCGGUGAACAGAUCGUCAUAAUUUCUCAGGUGUUAGAAGCUGACGUCAGUGUAGGAUACGCCAAUUUAACAGAUUUGCAGGUGAAGCGAGUGAAUGGAGUACAAGUAGAGAAUCUGAAACAUCUAUGUCAGCUCAUAGAAGGAUGCUGCACCGAAGAUUUGAGGUUGGACUUGGAAGGUGCGUUUGCUAUCACCCUCAACCAAAAUUAUGCGAAAAAGGCCACUGCUAAGAUUUUAAAACGUUAUGGAAUACCAUCGGCCAUGUCUAAGGACCUUCGAUCUUAG